AUGUCGCGAAAAUUACCUGUGAGGUCGAAAAUAAAAGUAACUGAUAGAUCAAUUUUUCAUCUUCAAGAUAAAAAGGCUGACGAAAAUGAAUUAUCAAUGGGCUUGGUAAAAUCAGCGAAGAGAACUGGACAGUUAAGUUUGUGCAACAGAGGUCUUGGAACAGUACCAGAAAAUGUUUGGAAGAUAGAUGAAUUAGUAAUGGAUGAAACUAAAGAUGUAGAUUUUACAAGAUCAGAUCAACAGAGUUGGUGGAAUUAUGAGCCAUUGAAGACUCUGGAUCUCAGCUCAAAUGUUAUAAAAAUUAUAUCUCCGAAUGUGAGACUUUUGCAACAACUUAUUACACUCAAGUUGCACGACAACGCUAUUGAAAGCUUACCACCGGAAUUUGGUGACCUCAAGAAUUUAUCGAAUUUAAGCUUAGACCACAAUCAACUGUCAGUUCUACCUAAAGAGUUCUACAGAUUAACAGAACUGAGGUGGCUCGGUCUAUCACACAAUGCACUGAAAAAAAUCGAACCAGAUUUCGGAGAUCUUGUCAUGUUAAAUUUUUUAGACUUGUCGCACAACAAACUAACAGUAUUACCUCCCGGAAUGGGAUAUCUCGUGCGUCUAGUCGAACUGAAUCUUUCGCACAACCAGCUACUUGAGCUACCGCCUGAUAUUGUCAAUUUAAGAGAUUUGAAAAAGCUAAACAUUAGUAAUAAUAAUCUAAAAAAGAUGCCUCCGCUAGGCGAGUUGAGAAAAAUGGAAAUUUUGGACGCAAACCAUAAUGAUAUUGAAGAGUUGCCAGACUUCUACGGUUGUACGGCGCUCAAGGAAAUAUAUUUAGCCAACAAUUAUAUCAAAGAGAUAACCGAAGAGUUUUGCGACCAAAUGCAACACUUGAGCAUAUUAAACAUACGCGACAAUAAACUCGAAGUGUUGCCAGAGAACAUAUCACUAUUGCAAAAAUUGAAAAGGCUGGAUCUCACUAAUAACAAUUUAAAUAAGUUGCCAAGAAAUUUAGGUUUAAUGUCACAAUUACAAAGCAUCAACAUGGACGGUAACAGGCUGUCGUUCGUGAGGCAGGACAUCAUCAGAGGAGGCACCGAUCGCAUGAUGAAGUUUCUUCGAGAUCGUAUCACGGAGGAAAUUUUAGCUGAAACCAGACUGGAAAACGAGUGGCCAGAUAAAUACACGUUGAAGAAAAGUCAGGCGUUGAUGUUGCCAUCGCGCGAGCUACAAAACGUACCAGACGAAGUGUUCAAAGCGGCGGCCGAUGCGGAGGUCCAUAUUAUAGAUCUGUCCAAGAACAAGUUAACCAGUGUGCCUUUUGGAAUCUGUCAAGUUAAAGAAUCGCUGACGCAAUUAGUGCUAUCGUCGAACAAUAUAUCGAAUUUUCCACCGGAGAUAAGCACCUGCGUACAUAUCCAGUAUAUAGACUUGGGGAAGAACUGUCUCACCGAAUUACCAAAGGAGAUUGGUUCCCUGAAAUACUUGAGGGAACUCGUCAUAUCGAAUAACAAGUUUACGAAAAUCCCUCGUUGCGUUUAUGAUUUGGAGAACUUGGAGAUAUUGCUGGCCGCCUAUAAUCAGAUCGAGGAAAUUAAUGUAUCGUCGGACGCGCUCGCCCGCCUCGGCAAGCUGGCCGUCCUCGACCUGGCCAAUAACAGCAUCUCUACAGUACCGCCCGAGCUCGGGAACUUCACGCAUCUGAGGACACUGGAGUUGAUGGGCAACUGUUUCCGUCAGCCCCGGCACGCCGUGCUGGCGAAGGGCACCGCCUCAGUGCUCUCGUACCUGCGGGACCGGAUCCCUACCGCCUAGCGCUACGAAUGAAUGCACAUGCAGGUUUUUCAUUUAUUUAUUAUAUUUUUGUCUUAUACAAAAGAAAGAAUAAGCUGCAGAGAUAUACGAGUUUAUAUAUAUAUAUAUAUCGUAUCU